AUGAGAGAUUUAUCUUUGCUUGAGCAGCUAAAUCUUAGAAAUAACAGUCUUAAUGGAUUUAUUCCACUAUCUCUAUUCAAUCUAUCAAGGUUGGAGACUUUGAAUUUGGUUUAUAAUUCCAUUGAAGGGACCAUUCCACUUGAGGUGGGAAGACUUCAACGGUUGAAGAGUUUACUUCUUGCAGCUAACAAACUUUCAGGAAACAUUCCCAAGACAGUUUCAAACUUAUCUUCACUGAAGUUAUUGAGUUUGUCUUGUGAAAUUCUUUUAUUUCUUUGGAACAUGCCUUCUUUGAGAAUGACUGGUCUUGGCGCCAAUCAUUUAAAGGGUAAUUUGUUUGAAGAAAUGUGUCAUUAUCUCCCUUUACUUAAAGUCUUUGAUGUUGAUAGUAAUCAAUUAGAGGGAAGCAUUCCUCAAUCAAUAAGCAACUGCACAUCUUUGAAAGAAUUAUAUUUGGAUAUUAACUCAUUUACAGGUUUUAUACCCAAAGGGAUAGGCAAACUUGAUAAACUGAGUGUCUUAGGCUUAGCCAAUAAUCAUUUGCAAGGACCUAUUCCUUCAAAUAUAUUCAACAUUUCGACAUUGAGAAUCUUACGCCUUGCUGGUAAUUCCCUCUCCGGCCUUCUCCCAUCAUAUUUAGGAAUUGACCUUCCCAACCUAGAAAUUUUAUGGCUGCAGGCAAAUGAUCUAAUUGGACAAAUUCCAAAUAGCAUAUCAAAUGCUUUUAAACUCAUUACGUUAGAUUUGUCAUCAAAUAAGUUUAACGGAGCUAUACCCCAUCUAAUUGGAAAUUUAAAAUAUUUGAUCAAUUUAGCUUUGGAUGGGAAUAAUUUGAGUGGGUUGAUUCCAAAUACAAUUAAUCAAUUACAUAGUCUUCAACAUUUAAGUCUCAGCAACAAUAGAUUGCAAGUGUCCAUUAUAAAUGACCUUUGUCAACUCGAAAGUCUGACUGAGUUGAAUCUUGCAAACAACAUGUUUACAGGAGCAGUUCCAGAAUGUCUUGGGAAGACGUCUUUGCAACAAUUAGAUCUUAGCUUUAACCAGCUGGUUUCUCAUUUACCUUCUUCUCUUUGGAGUUUCAAAGAUAUCUUGGUUUUAGAUAUAUCUUCCAAUGCAUUGAGUGGAGUAAUUUCACCAAAAGUAUCAAAUUUGAGAGCAACUAUACUGUUGAAUUUGUCAAGAAACCAAACUUCAGGAAGUAUACCUACAACUAAGGCCACAUUGACAACUUUGCAAAAGCUAUCUUUGGCUCACAACAAAUUACAAGAUCCUAUACCUGAAUCACUAAGUGGCAUGAUAAGUAUUGAGUCAAUAGAUCUUUCUCAUAAUUAUUUGUCUGGUGCAAUUCCAAAGUCCUUAGAGUCACUACUCUAUCUUAAAUCUAUUGAUCUUUCAUACAAUUUAUUGAUGGAGAAAUUCCAAAUGGUGGCUCUUUUCAAAAUUUUACUACUCAAUCUUUUAUGA